AUGUCCAAGGAAGCCUGUUCGCGAACGGGCUUUCACUCCAAUGACUUGGUUGGGCAAUACACCAUUCUUCUAACUUAUGCACCUCUCUUCAAUCGAUCGAGUUCAACUCCAAAUCUCACUCUUGCCCUUGCUUUUGUUUUCUUUUUUCCUUCUUCUUUUUUCAUUCUUGCCGUUUUCAUCUCAGUGGCGGACCCUCUUUCCAUCUCAGCGAGCAUCGCUGGGUUAGUUGCCCUUGCCGAUCUCAUCUUUCGGUCAGGUACCAAAUACGUCAAGAGCUACAGAGGUGCAUCGACAGAGGUUGGAAACCUCAUUCGCGAAAUCAGGAGCCUCUCUGUUAUUUUGCAUAAUCUUUCCCUUGUCGCUUUUGACCUAGAAGAGACUGAACCACCUGAACCAACUGCUGCUGUUCACGAGCCGUCGUCUGUUCUUCAACCGCAUUAUCUCCACGAUUGCCACCAACUACUGAGGCUCUUGGAGGCGGGCCUUUCGCGCACAGAAGCUUCCUUAGAUUCGGGUUCUGAGCACCAAAGACUGUAUGCUCGACUAAAAUGGCCUUUCACGUCGACCGAGUCCAAGGAAAUGAUCCAAGACGUACAGCGCUACAACCAGAUCAUUCACACAGCUCUUGCCGCCGACUCUCUGGCUAUGUUUGAACAUUGCUUAUCGCGACAAGACGAAAUAAAGAAUGGCCUCGACAAGAUCAAUCUCACUGCGGAGAGGAUCUUGGGUAUCCAAGUCAAGAUUUCUCUUGAUGCCAAAAGGAAUCAAGUUCUACGCGACUUUGGGCGGGUAAAUCCCAGAGGCGAAUACGAGACGAACAGAAAGCUGCGACAGGGGCUCACAGGUAUUUGGCUUACCCAAGGUCCAGAUUUUGACUUCUGGUACUCUACUCCCGGUUCAAGGCUCUGGUGCAGCGGCAUACCUGGUGCAGGGAAAUCUGUCCUUGCCGUAGCCAUGAUCGAGGAGUGUUUGCAGAGAAAUGCCCAAGACACAAGAAAAGCAGUCGCAUACUUCUUCUGCACCUACAAGAACGAGUCUUCUCAACACUCAAUGACCAUUCUCUCGUCUCUCUGCAUGCAACUUGCAAUGCAGAGCGAAAGCGCGUUUCAAAUUUUACAAGAAUAUCACGACCAACUAUUCUCAGGCCGUGAUCUUUCUGCAAGGCCCACGGCCGAGACACUCGCUCAGAAACUACAUCUCAUCUGUGCUUGCUUCACUCGGACUUAUAUCAUUGUUGAUGGUCUUGACGAGUGUGACCAUCGUGUUGCAGCAAAUGUAGAGUGUUUGGCCAAGCUUUCGCUGUUACAGGGUUAUGAUGUUAUCAACAUGGCACUGUCAAGUCGGGACGAGAUUAUUAUACGUCAACGCCUCAAGAAUGACUUCCCGCACGUCGAGAUUAAGGCUCAUACUGAGGAUCUACAACUAUAUGUUGCCUCGGAACUUAGUGAAAGGAUUGCUUCGAAACAGUUGAGGCUUCGUGUCCAGAGUUUGAAAGACCUUAUUAUAACAAGACUGGUCGGGGAAGCUAAAGGAAUGUUUCGCUGGGUAGCCUGCCAACUGGACUACAUGUGCGAACUCCCAACAGACAGAGCUCGGCGUGAAGCCUUGAGCAAACUCCCCCCCUCACUCUAUGCAACUUAUGAUCGGAUAUUACUGAGAAUUGAUGGUUACGAUGAUACAGUGAAGCGGCUAGUGAAGAAAGCAAUAUUAAUGCUCGCAACUUCUUUCGUCUCACUCAGUUUUGAAGAGAUUUGCCAGGCCAUCUCCUUGGAAGAAGAUGCAACGACUCUCGAAGAUGAUGAGAUUGUAGAAGAAGAGGAAUUGUUGCGAUGGUGCAGUAGCCUUGUUCGAGUCAGCAAAUCCGGUUCCUUCAAUGGUGGUAAAACUAGAAUCCAGUUUGCACACUUUACAGUCAAAGAAUAUCUUCACUCGCUGAAGACUCGCAACUCCGAUCAUGAAUGUCCACAACUCAAGGAGUACGCUGUUUCGCAUGAAGACGGUAUAGACUUCUUUUCUUUCCUUUGCCUACGCUUCCUCACCAUGGAGGAUAUAGAGCGAUUCUCGCCAACUCGCGACACAACACGCGCUAUCAGCUGUAUUCUUGCGCAACGCAGGCGCAGAACCUUUUACGAACCGUCAGUACUCACUUGGGUGGCAUAUGCGACAGCCUCAAAAAUGGGAGACAGAACGCGUAAGCUCCUACGAAAGCUCCUGCAUCCGUCCAAAACGCCUGCUUUCUGUCUGUGGGCAAUUGACUUCAUAUUCUGUCAUCAUCCCUCAUCUAUAGAAGCCUCAUCCGAGCCAAUAAAGAUUCUAUCGCAAGUUAUCGCUGCAGUUCUUAGGCCCGAAUUUACCCCUCUUCAUAUGGCAGCUGCAUUCAGUAUGCCUGAUGCAUGCUAG